AUGGACAUUCUAGAAGCUAAAGUGGAAGGCAACACACAGCAACACAAAAUCGUCAAGCGUUUGCGCGAGCUAGAACAAGAGCAAGACAAAGCACUCAAGUGGCGACGGACUUCCGUCACUCACCUUCACACGACGUGGUACGCGUGGUACGCUCAGGAGCCACGAUGGCUUUCUGACUCUCCGAAGCAGCAGCGGUCGAACGUGAGGCGGCUGUUCGCGUACAUGAAGCUCCUCAUUGAAGGCUUUGUGCUUGACCCGAGGGCUGACGACUACCGCGACCGAGCCCUUGCGCUUGGAAAGCAGGCGGAGAAGGAGGUGCUCUAG